GGUUGAUGUAAAUGUAGCUCGCCUAGUGACAAGGCUAGGAUGGGUCCCACUUGAACCUUUAGGUGAUUCUAUAGAGUUCCAUAUGGUGGAAAAAAAUCCUGUCAUGGCUAGAAUUCAGAAGCGUCUUGAGCCCUUAUUUUGCAAGAUUCCUCCACACAAAGUGUAUGAAUUGCAUUGUCAGCUGAUAACAUUUGGAAAGGUAUGUACAUUGGUUUGUUUCUUGAAAGGUAUGUAAAUGGAUCUAUUUAUUUAUUUUUGUUUUCUCAAUACCGAUGAUGUGGUUUAUUUGCUAGUCAAUAUGCAGCCAAAAUCGACCAAAUUGUGGUGCCUGCCCAUUUACUAAAGAUUGCAAGUACUACAAAAGUCUCUUUGAAGGAGGCAUGCACACCCUUCUAAAGGAUCAUCGAUGGGAUAAAAGUGGGCAAACUAACAUGGAUGAAAGAAUACAUGGUGUUGUAAUAGUCAAACCAAGUCGUGAACAUAUGUAUCAGUGCCAAAUUGAAAUGGGAAAAAGUAUAGAGAGACAUAGCACUGAGCCUAUUAUUGAGAUGCCACCAACUCCAGCACAUGAAUAUCCAGAAUCAUCAAGUGAGGAAGGGUAUGAACAAGAGUAUCAGGAAGUGUAUGAACAAGAGUAUCAGCAAGAGUAUGAACAAGAGUAUCACAAUAUUGUUGAUAUAGAAGAUGAUAUUCCGUAUUUGGAUCUUCGGCGAAUAAAACCCGUCGAAAAUGCAACAUCCGAGCUAUCAUAUGGAACCGAUAUGGUUUUGAUCCAUCCACGUGAUAGCCCAAUCCCAAUUCAAAGAAGAUAUCGUCUGCGAACAGAGUACCUUGCGUACAUAAUCCCCGAUGGGCACGAAAUCUUGGACAAGUUUGAACCAAGGGUUCAUGGUGAUUGCAACCCAUACCUCUUUAUAAUUCGUGAUUACAACGACCAUAUUGUGAAUGCUACCAUUCUGAUACCUUGCCGGACCGCGAACAGAGAAAUAUUUCCAUUGGAUGGUACAUACUUUCAAAUAAAUGAGGUUUUUGCAGAUCAUUCAUCUACAUGUUCACCUAUACAAAUAAAAAGAGAUAUUUUCUGGAACUUCGGAAUGUGUAGGGUGUACUUUGGCACAUCAUUAUCUACUAUCACCAAAGGUCAAACACAAGAAGGAAUUCAACGUUUAUAUCAUUCAGGGUACAUAUGUUGUAGAGAAUUUGACCGCAGUAGCAGGCGUGCAACAAUAUUAUCUGCUGCAUUUCAUAAUGAACUGCAGAAAAAAACUGGCAAGAAAAGGCACAUACCUGAUUCAAGCCCGAAUUCAGUGGAAGGCAAUGACAAAGACAGAGCCCAAUACAGUUAGAUGUUGUCACUAGUUCUGAAGGAGCAAUUGCAAAGAACUAAAUUAGUUCUGUAAAGUUGUGUUUAUAUAU